AUGGCUGUCCGUCUGCUGUUGGUGUGCGCCCUCUGCGCGCUGUGCUGCGCCGCCGGCGGGGGCCACGCGUCGACUCCGCCUGUUACAGUUGGUGGGGACGUUGAGGAAGUGGAUUUGGCCGCAAGGUGGCGAGACCUCCUGCUGAGCGAUUGUAUGUAUGAAUUCAGGAACGUAACGGACGAGAAGAAGAGGGCGGCGUCAAUUGCGAACUGCGGAAAAGAAGUGGAGGGCAAUAUUUCUGCCGUGUUUGGCCCCGCCGGCCGUAAUAACCGUCGGGAUUCGCCUCCUCCUUCCGGCCACAGCGCAGCGGGCGGCGGCGGCGGAGGGCAGGCAGAUGAAACGCAGCAGCGGCAGCGGGAGGCUCAGUCGCAAGGUCCCACGGAAAGGCAAAAGGAAGGCGUGAAAGCGCCG